CUUAUCAUUAGUCCUAUCAUUCGACCAUCCGCGGAGUCUGACCAAGUCAAACUUUUACGUUAUUGCAUUACGUUAUACACACCUGCCACCAGUCCCCAGAAUUGAGCUGAACUAGCCGCAUCUGUUUUCCAAAUCUGAUUACAGAGAGACCUGAUCUGACAGCAAAAGGAUGCGAUUUGCUCGCGAGUUUCGCCUGCCUACGAGAGUGUCUCUCUUUGUCUUCCCUAUCGGACUGAUGUCUUUGAUAUACAUACUCAGCCGCCCAACGAGAAUGGACCCUGAUCCGCUGUUAAAUAAUCACAUCAAAAGGGAUCAUCAUAACGAACCGGAGCAAUUUACCGAACAGGUAUCUUCUUUAGCAACACCUCAAUCGCCUGUCGAAUCGCUGCCUGUCAAGUUCAAUCUGAUGGAAGAAACUUAUGGCAACAAUUGGGCAGAGGCACCAGCAGACCUAUACUUACCACCCAAUGAAUGCACUAUUGAGUAUGCCAAUGCAAAUAAGCUACAGCAGGACCACCCUUGUGUUGUUCGUUUAAUUCGUCGCAACUAUUUAUUCAAGCCAGCCCCGAGAAGCGUCCAGUAUCGACUGGCCCACCCUGACGCCAUCGAUCCUUCCGACGGACAAUCUCAAGCCAUUCUAGAAAUUUUGCAGAACAAAACAAACGGAUUUUUCAUCGAGGUCGGUGGCUACGAUGGCGAAUUCUUAAGUAAUACGCUAUUUAUGGAAAGGUAUCUUCAAUGGAGUGGAUUGCUAAUUGAAGCUGAUAAGACGGCUUUCAAUCAGCUUAGAACCCGUAAUCGCAAGGCUUAUACCUCACCUGUCUGUCUAAGUACGAAACCAUAUCCGAUGCAAGUUGUCUACAAUGCCACGGUUGGUACGCUGAGUUCUAUCCUUGAAAAAAGCGAUGGACAAGAUGAAGUCGCAACCAAUGGUGACACAAACAGCAUCUACAAAGUUCAGUGCUUCCCGUUGUAUUCCUUGCUGGUGGCCAUCGACAGGACUAAUAUAGACUACUUUGGUCUCGACGUUGAAGGCUCUGAAUACAAGAUAUUGAAAACCAUGCCUUGGUCUAAGGUUUAUGUAAAGACGAUGACAGUCGAGUGGAAUCACACUCCCGAAGGCGAAGCGGCCAUUACUCGUCUAAUGGAGAGCAAUAAGUUCAUCAAGUUUGGCCUAAUUUCAAUGCCGUAUACUCGUGAAGUAGUCUACGUUCGGGAUUUUCUCGAUCAAUACAGACAAUACAAAAAUUAAGAGUACUGAGUGGUUAAAAAAAAAGUGUGGUGCAUAUUGUAUUGCCUGACAUGAAGUCAAUUUCAGAGAAAAUAAAAUAUGAUUGAUAAUCA